GUAUUCGUAGCGCCAAUACCCAGAGGGUAGCAGGGAUACUUGCCGUGGAACAAAAACUGACACCUGGCAGUAGGUAUAAAAUGCACACCCAUUAAUAUGGAGAAUAUUGAUUUAUGUUUAGGAUCGCUGCCUGGGGAUCGCCAGGGCACGUCUGGAGCCGGCGCUGGACGUGACAGCAUGCGGGACGUCGGUGGCAGGGUGUUGAGGAGGCGGGCCCCUGUCAUACAAUCAGCUACAGCCCAACCACAACCACAAGCGAGCCAAACAACAAGAGCUCCACCCGCCGAAGGUGCUGCGCUGGAUCAUCAACCGGCGCUCACUCAAGCGGGACGACCGAGGCAGCGCAUAAAAUGGACUGUGUCCAUCAAUGAGAAUAUUUUGCGCUUCUACUACAAGGUGACAAACCUCGGUCAAGAAACAAUCGGCUACCGACAACAGCUGUAUGCCGAAUUUUGCAGGACGUACCCAGAUAUUCAAGUAUCGGAGCAACGAGUAUCAGACCAAUACCGGGUAAUUAUAAGAAACAACCUUAUCCCAGAGACUAGACGCAAUAUCAUCAGAAGCGAAGUCGAACGGGAGAUUCAUAACGAUGUAAUUGAAGAUCAAGUCCCCAAUGAAGUGCAUGAGCAGAUUCCUGAGCUUGCCAUACAAGAAACUCAACCUGACAAUACAGAGCAGGAAAACAACGAGCUACAUGAUAACCUAGUAAGCGAAAUGGCACGUGCUGUACAAGAGUUUAAUGGAACAAACCCACUUAGCAGACCAUCGCUACCACGAAUAAACUCUUGUAAGAGACUAGGUAUGCUGUUACAAAUUGUGAACACUGAAGUCCUACACAAUUAUGUCGUAGAAGCCCACACAUUAGAAUAUCUGCACAUGCUAAUCUACUGGGCAUUAAGGUCAGAACACGACCGGGUACUAAUAACGGAAGGACUGGUAGCAGAAUUGCACCCUGGGAAAAAAGACUGCUCGGAAAGAUUGAAUUGCUGCGUAGGGAUAUUGGUCAAGUCACAGAAUAUAUACGAGGUGUAAGAAGUACAAGAAUCAUCAGGAGAGCUGAAGAAAUAAUACGGAAUACUGCAAGACACUCAAGAUACGAUCCAGAAAACAACACAGCUCAACAGUCCCUGGAUACAUUAAAACAAAGACUCUCAGUUUAUUCAGGACGACUAAGAAGGUACAAAGUGAGUAACAACCGAAAAUCCGACAAUGCCCUUUUUGAGACUGCUGAGAAGGCGUUCUAUCGAAAACUCAAUUCCACCGUAGAAAAUCUCGAUAAGUCUUAUCCAAGCCAAGAAGAAAUCCAUGACUUUUGGGGAAAUCAACUUUCCACACCAGCUGCUCUUAACAACAAUGCUGGAUGGAUAGAAGAUACGGCACAGAACUGCCAACACUACACUACUACUCUCUACGAACCCUUCACCACUGAAGAAGUCUCAAAUAUCAUCAAAGAGCUUCAUAACUGGAAAUCUCCUGGACCAGACGGAGUUCAAAACUUUUGGCUCAAGAAGUUUUGGAGUGCUCACGAAUGCUUAUCAACACUAAUUAAUUAUGUUAUUUCUAAUCCGCAGGAUAUACCAUCAUUCCUAACUCAGGGAACCACUUAUUUAAUACCGAAGGAUCAAAAUAACACCCAAGAUCCAGCAAAAUACCGCCCAAUUACUUGUCUUCCAACUUUGUAUAAAUUGGUCACAUCCUGUGUAGCCCGGCGAAUCUACCAACACUGUGCUCUGAACAAUAUCAUAGAGCCUCAACAGAAAGGAUGCGCUAAGGGUUCCAUGGGUUGCAAAGAACAACUUAUCAUCGACUCAGUCAUUUCUAAUUAAGCAUAUUCCAAAAAGAGGAACCUAUUUACUGCUUUUAUAGAUUACAAGAAGGCCUUUGAUUCAGUGCCGCAUGAAUGGCUUAUAGAUGAUAUGUAUUGAAUUAAAUAGCGUACUAUGAUGAAAUUGACUUUAUUUUAGAUCACAAGAGAUACAUGGUUCUUAACCUAAAAACUAAGAAGUAAGCGCGCUUUUCUGCCUUUCAUCCUCGACAUCUGUCAUCUGUCACGACUCGCAAGGUGGGUUCCGUUAUACACAACAUUUCUCCCCUUCUAUAAAGAAAGCUUGUUGGGUGGUUUCACAGCUCUCCCAUAUCUGGUAACCACUGGCAAAGGUGUCUGCUCAGAUUCUAGAAGAGGGGAAACAGGGCUUCUAGAUGUCGCAUCAGUUUGACUAUGCCUAGGUGAACUACUAGUAACAGUGUCAUUAUUACUAGAAUGUGGAAUUGCAGUAUUGUUUUCCUCCACCUGAAGGUCCAUGUCAUCACUUACAUCAAUAUUAGGCAGGCGGGUGGGUGCAGAUGUGCUCUCAUCAACAUUUAAAGGCGCUUUUUGAAUCACUGCACUCUCACUCACUUCACUUCUAGGUUUUUCCUUAGCUAGACGUAUGCUGUCAGCAUGCACAAAUUUUAUAACAUUAUUAACAUUCACAAGGUAAGUACAAUAACUUAAAACUUUAACUACAUUUCCCAAGUCCCACACAUGUGUACGAGUAUUUUUGACAUAUACUUGGUCAUUUGUAUUAUACAAUUUAAUAUUUCGAACUGGUUGAUCAGAGUUUACAAAAUUACCAUUUUCAGAUGGUCUUAAUAAAUCAUAUCUGGUUCGAGGUCUGACUUUAAACAUACACUGAGCUGGAGAAAUGCCUGUUGUAGUAGAAGGAGUAUUGCGGUAGGUGAAGAGGAAAUUAGUUAACUUAAUUUUCACAACAGUUAAUGUUAUAUUUUCUGAACAUGAAAAUAAAUUGCGCUCUAAUGCUUUCUUUACUGUUUGGACCCCUCUCUCUGCUAGUCCAUUUGAUUGUGGAUGAUAUGGUGGGGAUUUAAUUGGUUUUAUUCCAUUACUCUGACAGAAGGAAACAAACUCUGCUGAAUUGAAUGGAGGCCCAUUAUCAGAAACUAGCUCUACUGGUAAUCCAAAAAUGGCGAAAACAUCCCUUAGUACCAUUAUGACCUCCCUAGCUACUGUACCAUUUUCCAUUAACCUGACUUCUAUCCAUUUAGACUUAUUGUCCACUAAAAUAAGGAAGGUAAAAUUUUGCUUCUGGAAAAAAUCAACAUUUACCCUAUAAAAAUUAUGGGGUGCUAAUGCCCAUGGUAUGCCAUUUGACCUAUUAGGAAAAUUCUGAGUAGACUGACAAACAUUACACGAUUGAACAAACUUCUCAAUACUUUCAUUCAUUCCAGGCCACCAGCAAUAGGAUCGCAUUAACAUUUUUAGUCUUACUAUGCCUGUAUGUUGUUCAUGGAACAAAUUAAGUACUCUAACCCUGAGUGAGAAUGGAAUUACUACUUUAGUACCUAAAACCAAACAAUCUCGUUCAACCGAAAAGUUAUUUCUAAGUUUAAAAUAUGGUUUUAAAUCAUCUCCCUGUACAUAGUUUGGCCAACCAGAUAGGGUUAACUCAACUACUUUGGAAAAUAAAUUAUCCUGCUUGGUUGCUUUGCCUACAUCUUCAAAGUCCAAAGGGACUUCACUUAACAUCCCUAACGACACACAACAAUCCAGGAAUGUACUACCAAAGUUCUAUCAAUAUUUGAAUGUCCUGGACAUUUAGGGAACAUUCGGUGAACAUCUGAUUAAAUUAUUCCUGGAAUGUUACCAUAAGACAUUCUGUGAACAUACUACCAAUGUUGCUAUAUGUUCAUUUUCAAAUUCACGGCGCAUGUAUUUGUGCAUGGUGCUUAGAGAGGGCAUCACGUGACUAAAAACGACCAAUGACCUCACUUCGGACUUCGGCGCUUCGGCCAUCUUGGCAUGCAUCUUGGCCUUGGCCGUUGGCCACCUUGCCGUGAUCGUUGUUUGUUUUUAUUUGUGCUUUUUAAGAAUAUUUUUUUAAUUCGGAUACUUUUAUAAUAACUUUAAUAGUAUUAUUAACAUAGUGCAUAAAAUCAGUUGGAGUAGCAGAAGCAAUGUAGAUAAAAAAUCUGCAGGAAUAACGUUUCAAAGGUUAGUACCUAUGCAAAUAUGUAAACAAAGGCAUGCCCCUAUUUCAGAAAAUAUCCAUUUAUUAUUUUAAUAAUUGCGAAUAAGCCACAAACUUGAUUAUUCCUAACUAAAAUAGUAAAUAGAGAUAAUAACAAACGGAUUAUUUGUAAAAUUAAAUUUUUUUUGCGUUUUUGCUAAUGUAUGCCUUUAUAAACAGGAUGGCAGACCACACACUAUAAUAGUAUUACCAACUAAUGAAUACCACAGUAAACUGUCCUUUUUAUGAAUAGUAUAGUCGGUUCGCUAAACUUAGUCUCAGACACAACUGGCUAGUGAUUUUAGUAAAUAAUUUUGACAAUGGUAAAAUUGGCAAAAAAAUAAUAACUAAAUAGUAAUUUUGGCAAAAUUGGCCAAAAACAAAAAAAUUACCUACUUAAAUCACUAGCCAGUUGUGUCUAGGGAAACGACUAUACUAAUAAACAAUUUCUAAGCUGCUUUUUAUAAUAUUUUGUGAGUUCAUUAAUCAUAUUUUUUAUUUAAAACUAAAAUUUGGUAAUAAUGCUCAGUAAUGCAUAUAUUUUGUAUUUUUAGCUUUCCAGAAGAUCCUGCGAAGAAGGCAUGAAGUAUUGAUCAGAUUUGUUAAUAGAGCAGUAUGUUCAAAACAUUUUUUAGAAAAAGAUAUUGACAGAACUUCACUUUCAACUGUUCGUUUGAGAGACCGUGCUGUUCCAAUAGCUUAUAUCACACAGAAUCAGCUGAGAGAAGUGGUCUACAAAAAACCAGGAAGGAAAUGGAAUAUGUGGCUAUGAAAGGCAAAAGAAAGGUUUACAAAGCAAAUGUGACACAUUUUUUUAUAGGAAUAUCAGUAAAUUACAUUAAAAGAUUUUUUACAAUAAAAAUGUUUAUAUUUA